AUGUUCCACCGACUUUUUGCGUUCACCAUCCUCGGACUGGCGGUAGCGGGACCUCUGGGUGAGCUUUCCCUUCGCGCACGGCGACAAAUGUGCGGAUCGGCUGGCAUGUGCGGUACUCAAUGUUGCCAGGUUCAACAACAGCCUGCUUGCAGUUGCCAACCCGUUCAACAGCAGUCGUGCUGUCAACAGCAGCCACAGCAAGCUUGUUGUGCAACGGUCGAAAUCCAAGUCCAGGUUCAGCAACAGCAACCCGCCUGCAAUCCUUGCCCACAGCAACAACCAGCCUGCAACCCUUGCCCAGCGCCACAGCCUGCUUGCAACCCUUGCCCAGCGCCACAGCCCGCUUGCAACCCUUGCCCACAGCCCUCCUCGUGUGACUGUCAACCCCAACAGCAGCAACCAGCCUGUGAUCCUUGCCCACAAGCACAGCCGUCUUGUGACUGUCAACCCCAGCAACAGCAACCAGCCUGUGAUCCUUGCCCACAAACUCAGCCUUCAUGCGAUUGCCAAUCCCAACAACAACAACAACCCGCUUGCGAUUGUCAGCCACAGCCUGCCUGCAAUCCUUGCCAACAGCAGCCAUCUUGUGAUUGUCAACAACAACAGAUUGUCUUCCAGGUUCAGCAACAGCCAUCAUGCGACUGUCAGCAACAACCAGCUUGUGAUUGUCAGCCAGCCCAGCCAGCCUGCAAUCCUUGCCCACAAGCCCAACCAGCUUGCGACUGUCAGCCUCAGCAACAAUCUUGCGGAUGUCAGCAACAACAGCAACAAGUUCAAUUCCAGGUCCAGAUGCAACCUUCUCAGCCAAGCCAAUGCGCCCCAGCUUGCCAGCCAGCUUGCGCUCCAGCCUGCACUGCUAGCUACCCAGCCCAGAUGACUCAAUACAGUGCUCCAACUACCUCGUGUGCUGCAUCGAACUGUGUGUGCCAACAGGGAUACGUGAAAUGUGCCGAACAGACGUGCUGUCUCCGAUACAGACACAUGUCGAGAAAGGCGAAACGAUCGGUCGUU